UGUGCGCUCUUAACUAAUCCUGAGUAAGGUGGCCACUUUGACAGUCUUCUCAUGCUGCCUCUGCCACCUUUUUGGUCAGAAGAUAUCAUUUCAAUUUUAACCCAGCAUGAUCGAAACGUACAGCCAACCUACUCCCCGAUCUGUGGCCACUGGACUGCCUGUCAGCAUGAAAAUUUUUAUGUGUUUACUUACUGUUUUUCUUAUCACCCAGAUGAUUGGAUCGGCACUUUUUGCUGUGUAUCUUCAUAGAAGGUUGGACAAGAUAGAAGAUGAAAGGAAUCUUCAUGAGGAUUUUGUAUUCAUGAAAACGAUACAGAGAUGCAACAAAGGAGAUGGAUCUUUAUCCUUGCUGAACUGUGAGGAAAUCCGAAGUCAAUUUGAAGGCUUUGUCAAGGAUAUAAUGUUAAACAAAGAGGAAAAGAAGAAAGAAAGUGUUGAAAUGCAAAAAGGUGAUCAGAAUCCACAAAUUGCUGUACAUGUUGUAAGUGAGGCCAGUAAAACAGCAUCUGUUCUACAGUGGGCCAAAAAAGGAUAUUACACCAUGAGCAACAACUUGGUAACCCUUGAAAAUGGGAAACAGCUGACUGUUAAAAGAGAAGGACUCUAUUAUGUCUACACCCAAGUUACCUUCUGUUCCAACCGGGAAGCUUUGAGUCAAGCUCCAUUUAUAGUCAGCCUCUGUCUGAAGUCCUCAAGUGAAUCUGAGAGAAUCUUACUGAGGGCGGCAACCAGCCACAGUUCCUCCAAACCUUGCGGCCAACAGUCCACUCAUUUGGGAGGAGUAUUUGAAUUGCAAUCAGGUGCUUCACUGUUUGUCAACGUGACUGAUCCAAGCCAAGUGAGCCAUGGGACUGGCUUCACGUCUUUUGGCUUACUCAAACUCUGAACAGUGCAACCUCCUAGGCUGUGGUCAAGCUGACAGUGGCAGUCUUCAUAACACAGCAAAGCAGUUGAGACCACCCCCUGUUGAACUGCCUAUUUAUAACCCUAGGAUCCUCCUCAUGGAGAAAUAUUUAUUAUGCACCCCAAGGCAUGUAGGUCUGUAACAAGUGAAUUACA